UUCUGUCAGCAUGUGGAUCAAUAUUUUCACAAUCCUUUUCACAUCUGGUUAUCCAUUCUUGUCUGAAAGUGUAGUCUAUAGGUUACAGAGGGCUGCAAGAUCAUUUGAAACUUCACGGGCAUAUUGCACUUGGCUAUUUGAUGGACUAUCUGAAAUCUACAAUGAGAAUCUGCAGCGUUAUUUAUCAUCAGUUGCGAGAGGCAAAGAAGUCUGGAUUGGUGUGUCAAAAUGUAAUUCAAACUGGUGCUACAGUGGCACAGGGAAAAUGGUCUCAUAUACCAACUGGGCAAAGGGAGAACCUAACAACUACUACUCCUUCAUAUUUGGAGAAGAGAACUGUGUUUUGAUGCGCAGUAGCAGCAAAUGGAACGAUGAAAAUUGCUCUGCGGAAUACUAUUUUAUGUGCCAAGAAUUGCAUUGCAAAGCAACAACCUGCAACAGAAGAGGUACAUGUGUUGAACUGGCUGGUGGUUUUAGAUGUUAUUGUGACCACAGUUUCUACGGAAGCAAUUGUGAAAAUGAGAAGUGCAAAGCAACAAGCUGCAACAAAAGAGGCAGAUGUGUUGAACUGUCUAAUGGUUUUAGUUGCAUCUGUGAUCAAGGCUUCUAUGGAAACAAUUGUGAAAAUGAGAAAUGCAAAGCAACAAGCUGCAACAGAAGAGGUAGAUGUGUUGAAUUGUCUCAUGGUUUUAGUUGCAUCUGUGAUCAAGGCUUCUACGGAAACAAUUGUGAAAAUGAGAAAUGCAAAGCAACAAGCUGCAGCAGAAGAGGUACCUGUGUUGAAUUGGUUUAUGGUUUUAGGUGCUUCUGUCAGCAUGGCUUCUAUGGAAAGAAUUGUGAAAAUGUCAUAUCAUGCCCAAUCAUUACGAUUCCAGACCACAGCAUGGUUAACUGUGACGGAUUAUAUGGAAAGAACCAUUUCCAGGCUGUAUGCACAUUUACCUGUGAGCGAGGAUUUAUUCUAAAUGGCAGCAAUUCAACAAUUUGCCAAGCAUCUGGCUCCUGGACAACUUACAAUACAAACUGCCAAGCAAUUACCUGUCCACUUUUAGAGAAACCAGACCACAGUAGUGUGAAUUGCUCUGGUCCCUAUGGUGGGAAGCAUUACAACACGUCUUGUCAUUUUUCAUCUGAUGAUGACUACACUCUGGAAGGGGAUCAAAAAACCAUCUGUAACGAAUCAGGAAACUGGAAUUCACAUGAUGUACAAUGCUCUACAAACCACCUCAAACCAGUCCUUAUUUCUGUGGGAGGCAUAGCAAUGGCACCUUUAAUCCUAUCGGUAAUCUGUUGGUGGAAGAGGAGAAAAUCUCAAGAACAAAACAACACCAGUGAUGACUUCCCCAUGCAACAGAAGACCGUAGCAUAUGAAAAUCAAGAUAUAUAUAGCAUACCAUCUCCACAUCUGAAUAAUGACAUACCACAAGAAGAGAUUUACGUCAACCUCAGCAUGUAGCAGAACAUAUGCAAAGGCUUAUAAUAGUUGUCAAUAGAUGGCACCAUUAAACUGGAAACCUUUAGAAACUGGAGCUUCCUAUUUUUUGAAAGUUUGACAUUAACUUAGUCAUUUCACAUGUAUCACUAUUAAGCUACAAAUUACUAUUGCAUUUGUAGGCAAUGACUAUCUCCAAUAAGAGACAAUUUAAUCACCAUCCCUGAUAGUUAUUGAUGUUAACAUCACUGAAUCCCCAACUAUCAACAUCCUGAGGGUUACCAUUGAUCAGAAACUCAACUGGACUCACCACAUAAACACAGAGGCUGCAAGAGAAGGUCAGGGACUAGGAAUACGGUGGUGAGUAGUUCACCUUCUGACUCCCCAAAACCUAUCCAUCAUCUACAAGGCACGGCAUGAGUGUGAUGGAAUACUCCCAAUUUGCCUGGGUGGAUGCAGCUCCAAAAACAGUCAAGAAGCUUGACACCAUCCAUGACAAAGCAGCCCGCUUGACUGCAACCACAUCCAUAAGCAUCCACUUCCUCCACCACCCAUGCUCACCACCAACCAUGCUCAAUUGCACCCAUGUGUGCCAUCUAUAACAUGCAUUACAGGUCUUCACCAAAGACUCCUAGACAGCACCUUCCAUCUAAAAGGACAAAAGAAGCAGAUACAUGGGAACACGAAGCCAUUCACCAUCCUGACUUCAGAAAUCUAUCACCAUUUCUUUAUUGGCACUGGAUGAAAAUGCUGGAACUCCUUCCCUCCCUUAUUGUAUUAUGGCUCAACCCUCAGGUGGUCUGCAGAGGUUCAAGAAGGCAGCUCACCACCACCUUCUCAAGGACAACUAGGGACAGGCAAUAACUGCUGGCCCAGGCAGCAACGUCCACAAACCAAAUAACAGAAAAUGAAUGCUUAAUGCAUUUAUAUGACAUUUGUGCUUUGUUCUCUGAGUGGAGGCAUUAGCCCAUUUAAAACCAAUAAUGGGUUUUUGAUCUCUUGGUUCAUUUGGUUUUGGUUAUCUUCAUCAGGACAGAUUCUUCACGUAUUUUUCACUAAUAACAAAUUCUCUAUCUGCACAAUAGCUAUUUGAUGAGUUAGCAAAUGUUGUGACUUUUACUUGAGACUAGUUUUCUACUUCCUUCCUUUUGCUAAAAGAUUAAUUUCUGUUUGUGGAUCAACAGGUGAGGCCUGCUCUAUGAUGGUGGGCCUUAAGCCACUAGGCAUCUUUUAACAACUGUGCCAAUAUUGUCUUUGAUCUCAUGCAACUUUUAAGGCCAAUGUAACGUUGGCAUGUAUUUCUGAGCAAAACCGAGGCCUCAUAUGCAUCUAGCCCUUAAGAUGCAUUAACCAUUAUUAUUGAUAGUAAAUGAGAGGGCUAGUUGUUUUGUAUGGCAAGGAUUAGCCUAAACAUAUAUUUUAGUAAUGAGGAAAUGGGUCAGACUCAUUUUAUAUGUCAGAUGGAUUCAUUCAGUGUAACCUAUGAUACAUUGCAUAUUCCUUCUUUGAAACUGUUUGAAUUUUAUUGAAGUUUGGGAAGAAUUAUUCCAAGUGCUAUUUUCUUAUUGGAGUUAUAUGCCAUGAUCUGUUAGUAUUUGCUAAAUUAACACAUAUAUAAUGCAAUAGGAAAAUGAAUUUUAUUUAAUUUUACCCGACCAAAGCUCCACCUUAAAGGACUAUGCAUCCCAUUAGUGAAAAUAGAUUUGAUAUUUCUGCUUAACCUACCUCCUCUCAUCCCACUUUCAGACAUUUCUCUUACUUCAGAGUUUGUUGUAAAUUUAGAAAUCAGCCUUCUACGACACUGUCUACACAACUGAUUUCCAUUUGUGUUCUGUGGGAUUUCCUGUGUGUAAGACUGGCUGCUGCAUUUACCUACACGGCAAUAGUUAUACUCCAAAUAGCAGUACUCUCAUGAUUAUCCCACUACAUUAAGACACAGUCCCCAAGACAGGAAGUAUAAAAAUGGCAAAAUUUGUUAUUUUGAAAUGAUUCUUACAAUUCCAAAAUGAUAGAAACUGAAGGUGAGAUUAUGUAAACCUAAUUUAACUGUACGUAGAGUUUUCUGUGUUUCAAUUUGUUUUAUGUAUUAUCACAUUAAGAUCUUAUUGUGCUGCAUCUUCUGCUUAAUUAUAAUAUAGCAAAACUGACGAUUUGUUACUAGUGUGGCUUUGAUUUGAUGUUCCUUAUUUAAUGCUGUUAAGAGAGUGUUCAAUGCAAUUAGUAAUGACAAUCUAUU